UAUAUAUACUUCCUAGUUAGUAAAACAUUCGAUGACCUUCGAUUGAUUGACACUGUGUAGAUUAAGAUGAUUUUUCUUAACUGUUCCAUAUUCUUGAUCGAUGACUACCAUUUUAAUGACACCUCAUCGAUCUUUCUUUCUCAUUACGAAUACACAGUGGUACCUGUAGCACCGUUUGGAGCAGACAAUCUCGGUAGAGAAUUCGUGUUUGCCAUCCCGCCAAAUUACGACGACCAGACCCAACCUACGAUCGGCAUCGUUGUGGAGGCCAUUUCAACCAACGUCACUUCCGUUGCGGUCAAUGUGCCGUUGAGGAACAUGGGUUUCAACUUCACCCUUGCACCCGGAUCAGCACCCUAUGAUCUCGUGCUUUCUCCUGACCUUGCCACGACUGGGGUAGCAAGGGUAACGGACGCUACCAUCGUGGUGAGGUCCGAUCAAGAUGUCUCAGUGACGGCUUACAAUAUCAAACGUUACACUAUGGCAAUGUUUACUGUGUUACCGACCAAGCAUAUGGGCAAGGAAUACUUUAUCGCCACCCUUACGCAACCAGAAAGGGGUUUCGUUCUGAUGUCUGCAUUUAACGAACCGACUGAAGUUAAAUUAGAAUUGACCGGAUGCGUUGCAUUUCUUAAUGAAUCGUAUUCACCGGGAAGUGUUAUUGUAUAUACCUUAGGAUCGUAUGAAACAUUACAACUUGAAAAACUGCAAGACGAUAUGAUUGGAACAAGAAUUACCGCCAAUACGCCGAUCGCAGUGACUGUCGGUGGCCUUUGUUCAUAUGUUCCUAAAGGCGUUUCGCGUUGCGAUCACAUCGCCGAACAGCUAGUUCCAUUUGAUCGCUGGGGACGUUCUUUUUUUCUAAGCCCGUUCGUCAAUCGACUGUCCGGAUAUCAAUACCAAAUUGUUGCCGGAAGAAACAAUACAAGGGUAUCAUUGGGGACUCACGAAAUAUACUUGAACACGGGGGAGCACUAUCUAGGAGAUAUGGCCGGUCAGAGCAUGACUUCAAUAUCAGCGACCAAACCAGUCAUGGUGAUGCAGUACUCGAAAGGAACGUCCACAGACGAAAGACCAGGGGAUCCAGCCAUGCUGUUAGUCACCCCUUGGGAGCAAUAUGUAUCGCGUGUGGAGUUUCCUGUGUUAAACCUCCCCGCAGCAGGGAUCUCCACAGUCUAUAUCGGUGUGAUAUCUGAAUGCAAUGUGUCUCUUAACAUCGAGUUUGGAAACUACAAGUAUAACGAGGUACCGUGGCUCAUCGAGUACGAUCUCGUCACAAGCGACAACCGACAGAUUUGUAAUCGUUGGGUGACCAUCGAGGAAGGUAGUCACGUACUGAAAAGCGAUUCAGCUACGCAAGUAACAGGUGCAGGAGAGACAGUGUUCACAGUUCUGGUUUACGGAGUUGGAGACCGUGUCGCUUACCUGUACAAUGCGGGUUUCGGUCUGCAUCCACAAACGUGCACCACUCCAAGUUCUGCCCCACCAUACAAUGAGAUGGAAGUGUCGUGUGCAAGUCUACGAAGAAGGACAUGUCCGGUUGAACAAACUGAGUCAUCUUACGGCACAAUAACAUGGAGAGCAUCCAUUGAGAACACUCAAGUUCCCUCGGAUAUUGUAUGUCCAUUCAACUCCUUUAAAGCUGGCCAGCCAGUAGGAGAACGAGUGUGUCUUGGUAACCGUAGGAUGCAUGCAUAUUGGGGAGAAGUGAAUAUACAGGAGUGUGGAGAACCAACAACACUGAUAUUACCAGCGGAUCUCGCAAAGGUGGUAGUCGAUGAGGCCAACGUAGCUCUGGUCAGCGCCGUAUUGGAAGAAAUCACUGGCAACCUCAGCACUGUCGACGACGAAAUGGUUGAUGCGAUCUCCAAGACGCUGGAGAACAUCGUCGGCGUCGCUUCACCAUCGCCUAACGUCACUACGAGUGUGGUCAAAGCAGUCGGUAACCUGGUCGGUUCACUUGAAGACUCGGAGUCCAGUAGUCCAGAGCUAGCCGCAUCAUCUUCCAGCGUGGUGCAUUCAGUCGAGAAACAAGUCUCAUUAACCCUGCAAAACAGUGACGAGUUCAGUUUGACAGCAGAGAAUAUGAUCGUUCAGGCGGGAACUCUAGACGCCACUGCGAUGGAUAAUGGGAUCAAGUUUGAUGGUGGUGGGGAUUCCACCGCUUCUAUUCAGCUACCGUCUUCCAUUUUCAAUCAAGCCGGACCUGUUGUAGAAGGGAUUCCCAGCCCAGGGACGAAAGUUCGGUUUAUAACGUUCAACGGGGACGCACUCUUCAGAUCGGCGAAUAGAUCACAGACAAGUGGCCAUGUUAUAUCAGCAGCAAUUGAUGGUGUGAACGUGCAAGACCUUACUGAACCAGUAAAGAUCACCUUCAACGCACCAAUUCCUGUUGGAGAAAACAGCACUUUGAACCAAUCAAUGUGUGUGUACUGGGACUUUGAUCUGAGAGACGGCGUCGGUGAUUGGUCGGACAACGGAUGUACUCUUAGUGACGUCAGAGGGGAUUCGAUAACCUGUUCCUGUAAUCAUUUGACAAACUUUGCUGUGUUGAUAGAUAUGUCUGGUCAACAUAAGGAUGAUCAGGAUAAGUUUGACUUCGCUCUAGAUAUCCUUAGUAAGAUUGGCUGUGCAGUAUCUAUCGCGGCACUUGUCAUCACAAUCAUCGUAUUCAUGGUAUUCAAACGUCUACGAAACAGCCGACCACGUCGUAUCCUACUCCAUUUCUGCGUCUCGCUGCUCUGUCUUUACCUUGUCCUUCUCUUCGGGAUCGACUACGCAGCCCACAUGGACGUGGCAUGUGUGACCGUGGGUGCACUCCUUCACUACUUCACACUGACUACGAUGAUGUGGAUGGGGGCCGAGGCGCUCAAUAUGUACCUGAUGAUCGUCCGUGUGUUCGAUGAGGAAGGCCCGUGUUUUCUUACAAAGGCUUGCGUCAUAGCUUGGGGUGCACCAUUGGUUGUAGUUGGGGUUACUGUAGGCAUGCGAAGGGAAGACUAUCUUCAUAAAUCAUAUUGUUUCAUGACUCCGGGACUGAGUUUCUACCUCGGGGUCCUACUACCUAUUGGGCUUGUCCUAUCUUUCAACUUCAUCAUGUUUAUCCUCGUCAUCCGGCGGUUAUGGAAGGCCAACCUUGGGGGCACCAUGCCGAUGGAGAAAGAGGAAAAAGCGGCCGCCCGUUACCGGCAGCUCCGCACGAGACUACUCAAUGCGUUCUCAAUCUCAGUGCUCCUCGGGCUUACCUGGGUAUUCGGGUUUUUGGCAAUAGAGGACGCUACAUUUGCUUUUCAGCUAAUCUUCUGUGUGGCAAACUCAUUACAAGGUCUCAUGGUCUUCAUUCUCUUCUGCGCACGGCAGGAGGAUGUCCGUAAAUCAAUGAAGCCUCACUACAAUCGGCUUAGCGGCAUGCUACCGCCAGCCAUUCGGCCGACCACCGUUACCGCCUACUCACUUAGCAGCCGCACUCCUGGUGAGAAUGAUGACCGUAGUGGCAAAAAUCCGCUGCGAACCUCUCCACUGUCGGCGGGAUCCUACACUUAUAAAGUGACGUCAUCGUCGACCGAUGAAGUCAGGAUGAUCUCAACGAGUGAAAACGUCAGUGAAUACCAUGAUUAACAUGUGACUGGAAGCAUGUAUACAAUGAUGCUUGCAAUUACUCUUAAAGGGAGUGCAGCCUGACGAGACUUUCCCGUGGCCUGGCUUGGGGCCAAUCGGGUAUUGACUACGGACGACGCGACCGCAGCAAUCAAGUGCGUGCAACAUACGCGAAACCGAAGCGUUAAAGGAGAACUUCGGUCUGUUUCACGAACGCUGACCAUGUAGAGACUAAGGAGCUGACUACACUUAAUUAAGUCCAUUCGUUUACGUGCAGUUGUCCAAAAAGAAGACGUAGAUGGCGUUAACCAGUAUUUGCCAAGCUGCGCUCCCUUUAAUACUUCGGGGAAAGGAAGACAUCAUUUGACAAAUUAAUGUUAGCAUACUCUCGUUGUAGCAUAUACAGGUAAAGUGGUCUAGUGGAUAAAUCUCCGGACUGUGAACCACGAGGUACAGGGUUCGAGUCCCUAUCGCAGCACUAAUUACCUUUGGCAAUACAUAAGUCUGCAUUUGCCACACUCCACCCAGGUGUGGUAUAGGUAAAUGGUACCCGGCAGGAAAUCUUUCAUUAUGAAUGCUCGAAUGCUGUAAUGGCUCCCAUGCAAUUAAAGGAGGGGUAAUAAUAAUAAAGACAUGAUAUAGAAACGUCAAUACGAUGGAUUCACAAUCCGUUGUUAAUCGUGAUUCCACCCUAUCGAUAUAAUUAACGUCAAAGAUGAUUUAGGAAAUAGGACUACGAACAGUUGGUCUAUCUUUACUUUAUUGUUCCUCACAUGGAAAAUUCAUACCACCUGUUCUGCUAUUUACUUUAAUUCUAUUUACAUUUAAUUGAAUAAUCAAAAUGCAAUGUUCCUGUAAUGAGAAAGCAGGGUUGCUGAGUCUAAAAAAAGUCAUUCACAUUUCCUUGUGUUCAUAUUUUACUAAAUCUCACUUUCUUUCCAUUUUAGUAAGCAACUUUGAUAUAAAUUAUAUCAAUAAAAUGUACUUGUAAAGAUAUAUAAUCGCCUCGUUAUUGUACGCUGUAUAGUAAAUCUCUAAGUUCUGUAUUUUUUGUACAAAUCGUUUCUACAUUUCGUUAUACAAAAAACGGAUAAGAGACUGAAAUGAGCAACUGCACUUAUUUUUAUGUAUUUUCUGUUUCAAAGUUUAAGUGGCCAUGAGGUUUUUGCUUGAAUAGCUGACAGUUGUAAUUCUAUAUAAAAUAUUUUAUUUCCUUGUAUGUACUGUAAAUUGUUGGUAUCUAGAUGGUGUUACUACUUUAAAUAGUUGCAAUAUGAAAUAUUUGUUCUUUGUAUAUAAUUUGUCUUUCUGUGUAAAUACAUGGUUGCCUAUUUGUUAAAUGUCAUGCAAAUGGAUUUAUUGCAAAGGUUGUAUCGCUCUUGAGA